GACCCGGAAGCGCUCGUGACCACCAUUUCCGACCCGGGCAAGAUGGCAGCGGCGCGGCGCGUGCGUUGUUGAGUAUCCCGGACGCCGGCCUGCAGGCGCCAUGGUCUUCCUCACCGCGCAGCUCUGGCUGCGGAAUCGCGUCACCGACCGCUACUUUCGGAUCCAGGAGGUGCUGAAGCACGCCAGGCACUUCCGGGGAAGGAAAAAUCGCUGCUACAGGUUGGCGGUCAGAACCGUGAUUCGAGCCUUUGUGAAAUGCACCAAAGCCCGAUACCUGAAGAAAAAGAACAUGAGGACCCUCUGGAUUAAUCGAAUUACAGCUGCUAGCCAGGAACAUGGACUGAAGUAUCCAGCGCUCAUUGGGAAUUUAGUUAAGGUAUGGGUGAGUAUGUGGGUCCCACUGAAAUUCUGGACAUCUGCAGAAACCAUCAUGUGGGGCGUGGCGGUGCUUCCUGUAGUCCCAGCUAAUCAGGAGGCUGAGGCCAGAGGAUCCCUGGAGACUGACUUCUGGGCUGUAGUUUGCUAUGCUGAUGGGGUGUCCAUGUUAAGUUUGGUAUCAAUAUGGUGACCUCUUGGGAGCAGGGGACCACCACGUUGCCUAAGGAGGGGUGAACCAGCCCAGGCUGGAAACGGAGCAGGUCACAAUUCCCAUGUUGAUGAGUGAUGCGAUUGUGCCUAGGAAUAGUGCCAGCAACAGCCUGGGCAACAUAGUGAGACCACUCUCUACAAAAAAAUAAAAUUUGCUGGGUGUGGUGGUACAGAGACCUGUAGUGUCAGCUACUGAGGAGUCUGAAGCAGGGGGAUCACUUUGAGCCCCCAGGAGUUAGAAGCUGCAGUGAGCUAUGAUGGUCCCACUGCACUCCAGCCUAGGUGAGAGCAGGACCCCGUCUGACAGAAUAAAGAAAGCCAUGGCUGGGCAGGGUGGCUCAUGCCUGUGAUCCCAGCACUUUGGGAGGCUGAGGUGGGCAGGAGAUGGAGACUAGCCUGGCCAACGUGGUGAAACCCUGUCUCUACUAAAAAUACAAAAAUUAGCCAGGCGUGGGGCAGGCACCUAGAAUUCCAGCUACUCUGGAGGCUGAGGCAGGAGAAUUGCUUGAAUUUGGGAGGCGGAGGCUGCAGUGAGCAGAGAUCAUGCCACUGCACUCCAGCCUGGGCAACAGAGCAAGACUCCAUCUCUAAAAGUAAGUAAAUAAAUCAAACCCUCCCAUCAGACCUGGCGCAGCCUGUUAGCAGUCCACGUGGCAGAGGCAAGGAGUGCCACUCCAGCUGCACCGUAGCUGCACUCUGUCUUGGUGUGGGGUUCUGGCAGGUCUGGGAGCUUACCACACUGGUUGGCAGCAGAGCAGAAUUGGAAACAGGGCAUGUCUUUCUGGGAUGUAAGUCCAGAUGUUUCCCCAUUAAGAAAAAGGCCAGGCGUGGUAGCUCACGCCUGUAAUCCCAACACUUUGGAAGGCUGAGGCGGACAGAUCACAAGGUCAGGAUAUUGAGACCAUCCUGGCUAACAGGUGAAACCCUGUCUCUACUAAAAAUACGAAAAAUUAGCUGGGCAUGGUGGCCGGCACCUGUAGUCCCAGCUACUCAGGAGGCUGAGGCUGGAGAAUCGCUUGAACUUGGGAGGCGGAGGCUGCAGUGAGCCGAGUUCACGCCACUGCACUCCAGCCUGGGCAACAGAGUGAGACUCUGUCUCAAAAAAAAAAAAAAAAAAAGUAUAGAAAAACUUGACUUUAACUUCAAAGUUUAAUUUAAAAGUUUAAACAGGCCAGGCACGGUGGCUCACACCUGUAAUCCCAGCACUUUGGGAGGCCGAGGCGGGUGGAUCACAAGGUCAGGAGAUCGAGACCAUCCUGGCUAACACGGUGAAACCCCGUCUCUACUAAAAAUACAAAAAAAUUAGCCAGGCGUGGUGGCGGGCAUCUGUAGUCCCAGCUACUCGGGAGGCUGAGGCAGGAGAAUGGCGUGAACCCGGAAGACGGAGCUUGCAGUGAGCUGAGAUCGCGCCACUGCACUCCAGCCUGGUUGACAGAGCGAGACUCCAUCUCAAAAAAAAAAAAAAAGUUAAAACAAUGAGGCUGGGUGCGGUGGCUCACACUUGUAAUCCCAGUAUGUUGAGAGGCAGAGGCAGGCUGAUCACCUGACGUCAGGAGUUCGACACCAGCCUGGCCAAUGUGGUAAAACUUUGUCUCUAUUCAAAAUACAAAAUUAGCCAGGCGUGGUGGUGGCAUGCGCCUGUAAUCCCAGCUACUCGGGAGGCUGAGGCAGGAGAUUGGCUUGAAUCCAGAAGGCAGAAGUUGCAGUGGGCUGAGAUCACACCAGUGUACUCCAGCCUGGGCGACAGUGUGUGACUGUGUCUCAACAACAACAAAAAGUUUUAAUAAUGAGUGAUUUCUGAUGAUAUAGCAGGUGAAAUAGGAACUUACAGAAAGGAAGGGGAAUGUUUUGGAGCGAACGGAUGGUUUAUGCAAGUGUAGCAAAAUCUUGGUGAUUACUGAAUCUGGUCAUUAUGCUAGUCCCUCUGCUUUUGUGUACAGUAAGUUUUUCCUAAAAGGUUGAGGGGGUGGGUAUUUUGCAGAAGGCAGUCUUUGGUGCUUUACAAAGAUCUUCAGGGUAGGCUUAGGAUGUUUGACUUUCCCAUUUUACUCAGGGAACUGUAGUUAAGAAAGGAGACAGACUUGGCCGGGCACGGUGGCUCACGCCUGUAAUCCCAGCACUUUGUGAGGCUGAGGCGGGUGGAUCACGAGGUCAGGAGAUCGAGACCAUCCUGGCUAACAUGGUGAAACACCAUCUCUACUAAAAAUACAAAAAGUAGCCAGGUGUGGUGGCGGGCACCUGUAGUCCCAGCUACUUGUGAGGCUGAGGCAGGAGAAUGGCAUGAACCCGGGAGGUGGAGCUUGCAAUGAGCUGAGAUCGCACCACUGUACUCCAGCUUGGGCGACACAGUGAGACUCUGUUUCAAAAAAAGAAAGGAAGGAGACAGACUUUGCACAAAGCAUACAGGUCACAGGUCGUACAGUUAGGCCACUUUGUCCUCGGUAGCCGAAUUUUGUGUUUUUGUUCCUUUUUUUUUUGGAUACAAUCUCACUCUGUUGCUCAGGCUGGAGUGAAGUGGCGCGAUCUUGGCUCACUGAAAGCUCCGCUUCCCAGGUUCACACCAUUCUCCUGCCUCAGCCUCCUGAGUAGCUGAGACUACAGGUGACCACCACCAUGCCCAGCUCAUUUUUUUGUAUUUUUGGUAGAGACAGGGUUUCACCGUGUUAGCCAGGAUGGUCUUGAUCUCCUGACCUGGUGAUCCGCCCGCCUCAGCCUCCCAAAGUUCUCAGAUUACAGGCAUGAGCCACCGCGCCUGGCCUUGUGGUUUUUUUUCUUGUAUUUUUUAGUACAGACGGGGUUCCUCCAUGUUGGUCAGACUAGUCUCGAACUUCCGACCUCAGGUGACCUGCCUGCCUUGGCCUCCCAAAGUGCUGGGAUUACAGGCGAGACACCGUGCCCGGCCUUGGUAGCUGAAUUUAAUGCUCAAAGAGACGGCCCCCCUUUUCUGCUCCUUAAACUCUGGCAUUGUUCACUAGCUUCUGAAAUCCUCUGUGGUUC